UGUCACUGUCUUUUCAUGUGCUCCUGAUAAUGAGAAACCUUAGGAAGAGCCCUAAAUCUUCAGGAUAUAAUACUGCUGUGAUCAUGAAUUUGAUUUUUGUCACAUGAGGUCAGCAGGAAACCUCUUACAGGUUAGAUAUGUAAAGGAAGUGAAUAUCCUGUCUUGAAAAAUACCAUAUAAAAAGACUGAGUCUAGAUACAGCAUCUUCAAAACAGAAGCUAGCCUUCAAACAUAUUCUUCUUGUGGUUAUCUGAAUAUUUUACACCAACAUCAUGCAGCUCUGCUGGAAAUUAGCUCUGAUCAUGCUGGUUCUUGUGUGUGUUACUGCACAGCAACACAACUAUCGUCGUCCCACUCGUGUUGGAGUGAGCUGCUGUAAGGAAGUGUCAAAAGGAAGAAUCCCUGCUUCAAUUAAACUGAUGGGAUACAAGCAUCAGAAUGCUCUGAGUCCAUGUGUGGAUGCUAUAAUAUUCUACACAGAGAAGGAAAAGUUAUGCUCAGAUCCAAAAGCGCCCUGGAUUAAAAACCGUCUGAAUGGUCUGAAAAAGAUAGUGGACUGAGAAAAUGGAGGCCUAAAGGAUGCUGCAAAUCUAUCUAUAUAUGUAAUCAAUCUAUCUAUCAAAAAGAGAAUAUAUAUUCUGUAUGUUUAUUUAAGCUAAAAAAAAUAUUAUUUGAUCUUCUUUAUCUUUAUCUUAUGUGAAUGUUAAGAGAUGUUUAAUGGCUUUGUUUAAUCUGCUUUACAAUUAAAAUGCAAUUUUUGAAAAAUAACCAUUCAAAAUGUGCUUCUUUUGACACAAACAUCCAG